AUGACUCAGAAUACGCCGAUCUGCCCCAAAGAAUUUGGACAAACAAUGUAUCAUAAAGGACUAAGAGGACUUAGUAGGAGAGGAUUUAGUAGAUGAGGUGAUCUAGACUAGAAAUAGGCAAGAUUAAAAGGAAUAGCAUCAUCCACUAGAAUUUUAGAGCCCUGCUAGUAAUCGUCGAGCAUAUUUAAGUUCAUCCGAUCCCCCACAAUGAAGCUUUAACAAGAAGCGAAUUGGAAUUCUCUUCCCCUUACGACGUUUCCGAAAGAGACUUAUUGAAUAUAAAUUUAACGACAUCCACUCAAAUAAAAUAUUGUGAGUGAUAUCCUACAACUCAUUCCUCUAAAAAUAAUACAGCUAACAGAUUGAUUUACAGUCAUCAGAAUACAAAAUCUCAAGUAUCUCAUCAAGAUCUAUCCUUUUCCCGGGUCGUACAAAAUGACCUUCAUGGAAUGUAUCCUUCUAGCCAUGAAAAAACACUCUGACGGUCUUAUCUUUAUCACUGGCUUUCUGGUUGGAUUGUUUUUCUGUGUCGCUUGUUAUACGCAACUGUUUGCCGGUUCGGAAAUUAAGAUGCGAGCUAAGCUUCUCCAUGAUCUCCUACACAUUCCAGCAGAGCAGCGAUCCGCACGGGUCCUGGAUCUUUGUUUCUUUGCCGUGGCAAAUGCCCUUGAUCAAGAAAUGAACAUUAUAUCCCACGAGGAAUUACCUAAGCCCGGAGACUUCAACACAAUGGAGCUGCUGCAACAUUUGGAAGAUCGAAUCGAGGAAUCUGCUAAAGGAGUCAAUACGGGUAUUGAAAUCGGGAGCCGUGGCUUUGUACCACUGACACAAUAUGAGAGAAUAACGUUUGUGGAAGCUAUGAAGAAGAAAAAUAAGGAAUGGACAGUGGCGGCAUUUGAAAAUGGCGGGGAGAAUCAUUUCCUUGGGGUAAAUUGUUCCACAGGGUUUGAGAAGAAAAUUAAGUGUGUUAAAGACUGGAUUGAAGAAAAGAAGAAGGAGAAGUUUGGAGAUGUGUAA